AUGCAAGGUCUGAAGAACCUGAAAGUUGCGUUUCAUCAUGCCUCAAAGGAUGAAGUUGUAAUCUAUCAUGUUAGACUGCCAGAGCAGAGUACAGUUGGCGAUGUCAUUAAUGAACUUAAGACAAAGGUAGAUUUGUCUCGUCCAGAUGCAGAACUUAGACUUCUUGAAAUCUUCUAUCAUAAGAUCUAUAAGAUCUUUCCUUCCAGUGAGAAAAUUAAGAAUAUAAAUGACCAGUACUGGACAUUGCGCGCUGAGGAGGCGAUGGAAGAGCAAAGUUUCCAUUUGUGGAAAUACACAUGGAAGAUUUCCAACUUCACUAACUUGACUCAAAAGAAGUACUCUUCCGAAGUGUUCACGCUCAGUGACAAUGCCUGGCAAAUACGCAUCUUCCCCAGGGGGAACAAUGCAGAGCAUUUGUCAAUAUACUUGGACGUCGCUGAUUCCGAGAGGCUACCAUCCAGGUGGAGCAGAAACACCAAUUUCAAGUUGAUUCUGGUCGAUCAGAACAAUUAUGGCAAUUCUAGGAUUAAGGGGACAGAACAUAAUUUCACUGCAAGAGAGAGUGUCUGUGGCUUCGCAUCCUUCAUUCCAUUGAGCAAAGUCCGUGACAGCCAUAAUGGGUAUUUAGUGAACAAAGCUUUGAUGGUUGUAGCUGAGAUUUUGGCCCCCCAAAUGCAGCUGAAAAUACUCGGUUGGCUGAACCUCUGGCAAAUAUUCCUCGGCCGACACUAACAGAUACAUUCAACAUGUAUUUCUCAAAUCUUGAGGAAAACAUUAAUGCUGCUCAGAGUUCUCUCGCCAGGGGAGGGUCAAACACAAGAAAUCAAAAAGGUGCUCUUUCAACUUCUGAGGCUUCAACCUUGGAUGAAGUAGAAGGCUAAGCUGUCUCUGAAGGAGUGCCUCUCCGAUAUUUUUAACCUAAAUGUAAAAGACAGGUUGGCUGAAGCAGUGUCGACGUUAAGCUUAGCCAAAAGCAGGUUAUCACAGGACCAGCAAAAGUCAGUCAAGGCCUUUUGGGCCAACUUCAAUGAGGUCAGUCCGAUUUUUUGACUUUCGAGCAGAACAAUGUCAAAUUCGAGACGCAGAAGUUGCUGAAGGAUCAAAUGUUUCUGACAAUGAAGAAGAAUCAUGAGACUCACAUCUUGUAUAAGCAGUUGUUGGGUGACCUGACCGAAGAGGAGGAAGAGCUCAAUAAAAAAGUUGAGAAAGCAAAAUCCUGGCACAAGGAUCAAGAGAAGAAAGUAGCGAAGGCUGAGGAAAAGAAGAGAAUAGCCGAGGAAAGAAUGUCUAGAUUUAUCACUGCCUGGUCAAAUCUGAAGACGCUAUUUGGUUAAAACCUUUUGGCUUGGAUCAGAAAUGACUAUGAGGACACUGUGCAAAUGGAUUGCUCCAAGUGAAUAGAACUCUCUUCGUGUAAAAUCUCUUGCGUAUAAGUGCUUUCGAGGGGUGAAAACCCGUGCCUUUCAGAUACCUGUCAUCUUCUGAUUAUUUUCGUACAGAGUUGCCACAUCUGCUGUGCUCAUAUACGCUUCGAAUUUCACAUUCUGUCUGUUUUUUUCUUUCGGUUAUUUCAUCGGAGGUUUGAAGAUGGAAUCGGUUCUGCUUGGAAGCCCGUUGGUGCUUCGU